AUGGAGAUGUUGGAGAUGGAGAUGUUGCAGUUCUUCUGGAUUUAUCAUGUAAAACUGAAGACUAGACUCCACUGUCCCCUUCUGCAGACAAUGAUCUCUCACACCCUGAACAAUGACACUCGAGUGAACCUGGCAGUGGUGAGUGUGCAUGGUGUGGUGUCCACUCUGGGCAUCCUGGAAAAUGGACUGGUGCUGUGGGUGCUUAGUUGCUGUCUUCAUCACAAGAAAGUGUGGGUUCUCAAUCUGGCGCUGUCGGACUUCCUAACCACACUAACCUUGCCGCUUUUCACUUAUUACCUACUGAUGGACCACAGCUGGGAGUUGGGCGGACCAUUGUGUGUGGCCCAGGCCUCAAUCUUUUUUAUCAACAUGUUUGUUUCUGCCUUCCUACUGGCUGUGAUAUCGCUGGAACGUUGUUUGUUGGUGACUAAGCCGGUGUGGACUCAGAACCGUCGCACUGUGUCGGCAGCAUGGAAGAUCUGCGGCCUAGGAUGGGCGCUGGCGGCGGUAAACAUGUCUCUGUAUUUCAUAUUCCAUUCCGUCGUGCUUAAGCAGGAUGGCCGCAAACUUUGCUAUCAUGAUUUUGCACUCUAUUCCUCCCAGAGCACGCUGCAUACAGACUGUAAGGUGCGUGACGCAGCGACAGCAGUGUCCAAAGUGUUGCUGGCGUUCGUCCUGCUGCUGGUAGACAUUGCCGUCAGUUACGCUUGCUUUGUUUUAGAGCUGCGGGCUCGCAGGAAGAGGUCAAGAGUAGAAGGUUUCAUGAAAAUGGUUGUCUCUGUGAUCGCAACCUUUAUUCUCUGCUGGCUGCCCUACCAUGUUUUCUGCUUGCUGGAAGUGACGGCUCAGUACAAGACAGAGAUUGCGGAUCUGGUGGAGGUGUCCUUACCUGUCGCAACAACAUUCACUUUCCUGAACUCUGUGUUGAAUCCGAUUAUCUACACAUUUAGCUGUCCAAACUUCUGCACUCGAAUCCGCCAAAGUCUAGAGGUGCUUUACGAAGGGCUGGUGGAGGAAAAACUGACUAAGGCUCCCAACCAUGCAAAAGAACAUCAGCCAAGAUCACCAGCAUAG